UAAACAAAUCAAUGGGUAAUAUAAGCAAAGCAAGAAAACAUUGAUAGAAUCCACGUAGAUACGCGCUUAUGGGUGCGCAUUACGCCAUUAUUAUUAACGUCCUUCUUCUUCUUCUUGAAAUAAAAGGAGCAGAAGAAGAAACAAAAAUAAGAGAAAAGAAAAAAAAUGAGCGCCUUCUUUAAAACCAAAAAUUUCCUCAUGCAAAAGAGACUCAAAUUUGCUCUGUCCUUUUGUACUUCAAACUAGUUUUUGUGUGUCGUUCUGGGAUGGGAGAUGCAGAGAGUUGCAGUAGCAGGGCAGUGGAUUUUGUGCCGAGUCAGAGUCGAAAGCAAAGGCAAACAGUUGAUGUUUACAACGAAGUACUUUGUCGACUCAAGGACUCGAAUGAUGAAGCGACAAAGCUUCCUGGCUUCGAAGACGAGCUCUGGACUCAUUUUCAUAGACUUCCUACUAGGUAUGCAAUGGAUGUUAAUGCAGAGAGAGCACAAGAUGUUCUAAUGCAUAAAAGAUUGCUCCAGUUGGCACAUGAUCCUUCUACUAGGCCUGCAAUUGAUGUCCGACUUGUGCAGGUUUGUUCCAUCUCUGAUGGAUAUUGUGAUGACUCAGUUCAUUCUUACUCCCCAAGAAGACUAAAACUUCAGUAUUCUGACCAUUCCACCAAACAGAGCCUUCUUCCACCACCAGCCUUUGGUUCAUUGCCUCAGCGCAAACUUGUACGUGAUGGUCGAGAUAAGGAUAUUACCAUGAUUUCCAGUCCACUUUACUCUCGGCUGAUGCAUGAAAUUACAAUUUCAACUAAUGAUAAACCAAAACUUCUAAGUCAGUUGACUUCUUUGCUGUCUGAGAUUGGUCUGAACAUUACAGAAGCACAUGCUUUUUCCACUAUAGAUGGCUACUCCUUGGAUGUGUUUGUUGUUGAUAAUUGGGCACAUGAGGAGACUGAGCGUCUAAGAACUAUGCUGCUAAAAGAAAUUAAAGAAUUCGAGAAGAGUACUCAGUUGAAAACUAAUGCCAUUUAUCCUGCUGUGAAACAAGAGCAAAAGGGAAUCAACCUUAUGUGUGAUCAUGUAAAUAUACCUGCUGACCGAAUGGAUGUCUGGGAAAUUGAUCCAAGCCUGUUGAAAUAUGAAAUCAAAAUUGCAUCAGGAUCCCAUGGAGACCUGUACAAAGGUACAUUCUAUACUCAAGACGUGGCUAUUAAAGUUCUUAGGACCGAACAUCUGAAUGAUAAACUGCGGAAGGAAUUUGCUCAAGAAGUCUAUAUCAUGAGGAAAGUCCGGCACAAGAAUGUAGUUCAAUUCAUUGGUGCAUGUACCAGACCUCCAAGCCUAUGCAUUGUGACAGAAUUUAUGUGCGGUGGAAGCAUGUUCGACUUUCUCCACAAACAAAAGCAAAGUCUUGAUCUCCAGUCCUUACUCAGAGUAGCGAUUGAUGUUUCCAAGGGAAUGAACUACUUGCACCAAAAUAAUAUAAUACAUAGAGAUCUGAAAGCAGCCAAUCUUUUGAUGGAUGAAAAUAAAGUUGUUAAGGUUGCUGACUUUGGCGUUGCUAGAGUGGAAGAUCAGUCUGGCGUGAUGACAGCAGAAACUGGUACCUAUCGUUGGAUGGCUCCAGAGGUAGCUAAGGUAUUGGGUAGCUUCAAUGGUGCUACAAAAUUUGAACUUGAUAGCUACUCUCUGUUGCAGCAUAUGUGAUGCAAAUUAGAGUUACCAACGACCCUAAAGAAGUGAUUUUCCUUUAGUAAAAUUACAAGAAUCCAAAGAAUAAGAAAUGAAAACUAUAAAAGAAAAAUAAAAAAGAGUAUCUGUUCAUACGUUGUGUUUGGCUUGAAGUUGGAAGCACUGAGAUUGGAAAAAUGUUUUCCCAACCUCAAUUUUUAUUUUAUAUUAUUAUUUUGAGUUUUGAAAAUUACUUUUGCAAAAAGCAGGUGAAUUAAUGUUUUUUUUCCAAAAGCGGGGCAGUUUAUAAAAAAAUUGAAAAAGUCAAUAUAUUAAUAAAAGAAUUCCAAACUUGUUUUUCGAACACCCACCAGCAAUCCUAAACACACUUAUAGUCUAAUUAGGGAAGGACUGAGCAAUUUAAUUCACGGUCCAAGUUCAUUGAUCAUUCUGAGAUUGAGUUGAAAGUUUUAAUAUCAACUUCCAAAUUGUUAGUCAUGGAAGUUUCCGAGGCACUUUGAUUGUGAAUACCCUGUUGGAACAAUGCCCUCAACAGUGUAAAUGGAUAGAUAAACUGCAGUUUUUUUAUUGCGAAGAUCUAUUUUGAAUGUUUUAUAAUGGCAAGUUCUGUAAAUGCAUGUUUGUAUGAACAGAACGCCUUAGCAAACCACACGAUGACGAUUAAAUUAUGUUAUGUAUCCUAUGAAAAUUCAUCUCGGUUCUCUAACACU